ACACAUCUAGGGCCGUAUUCACCAACAAUUCUUUAGCAAUUCUUAGACUUGAAAAUAAAGAAAAUUCUUAAGUCUAAGAAAAAAUUCUUAAGUCUUAUUCACGAACUCAUUUUGUUAAAGAAAAUUCUUAAGAAUAAAGAAUUUUCUUUAAAAUUCUAAGAAUGCUUCGGGGCAUUCUUAGAAUAAUUCUUUAAGCUUCCAAGAUGGCCGUUCGCGUUAUGCGUUACGCCAAUAUCUUGUUUGAAAACGUCGAAAAUGUCCCGCGUAGAAGAUUGUUUGACAGAGAAAAUCCUCUAGACAGUUUGUCGGAAAUUGAGGUUUAUAGGAGAUACCGAUUUAUUCCGGCAACUAUACUGACCUUAUUAAAUUUGGUCGCCGAUUCUCUGGACUUUGGAACGCUGAGGAAUUCUCCUCUCCUGCCGAUCCAGCAGCUGUGCAUAUUUCUUCGUGCCAUGGCGACUGGAUCCUUCCAACUAGUCGUAGGAGACACUGUUCGAGUCAGUCAGCCAUCCGUAUCAAGAUGCUGCCGACGAGUUGGACGAGCAAUAGCUCGACUAGCUCGCCGUUACGUACGGUUUCCUGACAGGGAAGAGUGCAAAACUCUAAAAUCCAGAUUUCAGUCCAUUGCUGGAUUUCCAAAUGUAAUCGGACUGAUUGAUGGAACUCAUGUUCGCAUUCAAAGGCCAAAGAACCACGAAGCCGAUUUCAUAAAUAGAAAAGGCUACCAUUCUUUGAACGUGCAAAUGGUAUGUGACCACAGCAAAAAAGUGAGGAGCUUAACAGCUAAAUGGCCAGGAAGCACACAUGAUGCGAGAAUAUGGAGAGAGUGUCAUCUACGGAACCAGUUCGAACAAGGAGCUCAUAAUGGCUUCAUUCUUGGAGACUCUGGGUACCCAUGUACACCCUACCUGAUGACUCCUUUCCGAACCCCCGAAGCACAGAAUCAAGAGCAGUUUAAUCUGGCUCUGUGCAAAACAAGAGUGCUUGUGGAGCAGACCUUUGGUAUUAUAAAAAGAAGAUUCGCAAUACUCCAUUACGGGAUAAGGACUGACUUGGCGACAGCAGUGACCUAUAUCACUGCGUGUGUAGUUAUGCACAAUUUUGGAAUUGAACAUGGGGAUAUCCUUGAAGAGGAUUAUUUGGAUGAUGUUUUUGAAGAACAAGUUUAUCAUGAAAAUGUUGAAAUAAAUGCAAACCAUGUUGGUAACAUUGUAAGGCAACAACUAGUUCAGAGAUUUUUCAAUUAAAUAAAAUAAUGUACUGAGUUAAACUUCUCUAAAAAGUGUGAUGAGUUAAACUUCUCUAAAAAGUGUGAUGAGUUAAACUUCUCUAAAAAGUGUGAUGAGUUAAACUUCUCUAAAAAGUGUGAUGAGUUAAACUUCUCUUAAAAGUGUGAUGAGUUAAACUUCUCUAAAAAGUGUGAUGCGUUUAACUUUUAAUAGUCUUUAACUGUACUGUACUAUGUGUGAAUUAGUCUCAUAACUUUUAAGAUUGUACAAAGCUGUUUCCAAUGUUUUCCAGAUUUUAGUGGAGACUUUGUUAUUUUAAAGAGAGGUAACUCUGUAGUUCAUCUUACAGUUUCUGUAAUUUUAACUCAGGGGUAAGCUCCCUUUCAUUUCACUGCACUUCUUAUCUUGAUGUAAUGUUCUAGUCAACUAUUUAUCAACAUUUUAUGUUUAACACAAACACUUUCUCAGUCAACAUGAUGUAAUAAUUUUGGUUAUAAGACAAGAUGAAUAACAUUUAACUUUAAAAAUAACAUGUAUGUCUUUACUAUGGAGCGGUUUUCAUGUCAAAAUUGUAAUGCACAUUAUUACAAACUUGUUAUGCUUGUUUAUAAUAUUUUAUGAACAAUGUUAUUCCAACACUUUUGAAAUGUGUGUAAAUGUACUUUUCUUUCGGUAAUUUUCAUUUAAGCUUUUCAAUUGUUGUGCUAUGAAUUUGUCUGUUUAAGAACGGCAAUUUGCAAUAUUGAAACCUCUUAUUGCCUAAUUCUAAACUGUAACAUGUUUUCCUGUGUCAAGUUCUAAUUCUACCCAAGAACGUGACUUUAUUAUGUUGUAAAAUUAAUAUGUAUACUUUCUAAGUACGGUUCUACUAACCCUACCCAGGAAACUUGAUUAUGUUCUCAUUGAAUUCAUGUAUUUCUGUGUCAAGUACUGGUUCUACCCAGGAACACGACUUUAUUAUGUUGUAAAUAUGUUGUUAAAUUAAUAUGUAUACUUUGUAAGUACUGGUACUACUGGUUAUAAUAACCAUACCCAGGAAAAUUACUUGAUUUAUUGUUAUAUUCAAUUAAUAUGCAUUCAUAAUGAGUACUGGUUCUACCCAGGUUUUUUGUCUGAAACUAUUAAAAUUAUUACACACAUCAAUGUAAUAAUAUUACAGACACUCACUUGUUGUUAUCAAUAUUGCCUUGAGCUAAGCAAAAAGACUUUUCAAACACAAAAAUUAAUUUGCAUGUGUAUUUUUAUAUUCAUGAAAGUAUCCUUUGGUACGUCUACCAUAAAAUAAUUAGCUUACAAGAAUUACGGCAAACAAGCAUGCUUAUCUAUGUUUUAGUUAUAA